AUGUACCGCUUCGGUAUCGUGCGCUUUUGCCUCUCGCACGUUCUGUCGAUGGAAGUCUCAACUAAUUUGGAGAGUUCUCAAAUCCUGAGUUUGGUCAGCCGCAGACCUGUCCGGCUUUUGUACGAAUACUGCCAUAUGCACGGGGUCAAUGGCACAUCACGGCACUUGCACGUCCUUGCGGACCAGUCGCUUUUGUUUGUAGGAGAUAGUCAGGCCGCAUACGGCCUUGACGUGCGGUGCCCUGUGGAGGAGAGCAAGUGCUGGACUGUGGCGAUGAAGCCUCUGGCAUAUGUUCCCGAGCGUAUUGCCAGCGCCUGGAUCAUAAACACGUCGGACCAGGUUAUGGUGAUUGGCCGUACGACGAUGGUCGAAUUCGCCAGCCAGCAGGACGUCACCUGUACAGACGAUUCGAGCUCCCUUCAUGCGUUUGAAGAUGGAGUGAAGCCACCAGCACACUCGGCGAGAGGUUGUGGACGAGUGCUCGCGGGCUACAUUCGAGCUUGA